CUUCCUUUUCUGACUCUCUGUUCCCAGGGUCCUGGCUUCCUCUGAGGGUGGCCGGCCCCCUUGCAGAUUGCCGCCUGAAUCCUAAUCAAGUUUUGCCUGAACGCCGGUCCUGCGUCCUUUGGACGGAGCAUGCGCAGGACAAAACACAUGGUCUUCUGAUGAUACUCUUCACAGGGGAGGGAGGUGUUGUGAUUCAGAGAUUCAGAGACCGCUCUGCAGGUGGGCUCAGGAAGAGGCAAGGCUCAUGAGAGAUGUAUCCUGCCGGACAUCUCGGCAGUCUGAAACUUCAUUGAACAAAGUGAUUCUCAACAGGGGUGGUGGGGGCAGGGUUUGUAGAAGUUUUGGGUGGUGGCACUGCCCUCCCCCGAUCGCCACAGCAAGCCUGCAAGGAGGAGUCAUUUGAUUCCUGGUUUAACAGAUGAUCACAGCCGACAAUAGGAAGUUCAACAGUGCUGUAAUUAGGAACUUGCCCCAAGGCACAGGAGCCCGAGUUCAAGUUUAGAGAGACAACUACCCAGGGAAGAAACCUGCCAGGUGCGUCCUCUGUCUGCAGCGUGCAUGCGGCUCCCGCGUGCGGCUCCCACAGCGCUUCGGUUCACCCCGCGCCGUGGAGCAGGUGACCUUGUCACCACGGUUGGAGUUGGAUUCUGCCCCCUAGUAAAUGUGUGGCGCUUUACUUCUUGGGGCUCUAGGGUUCCAGCCUUAAAACCCUGGGGCUCUUUUCUACCCUUGAUGUUAAUGGUUGCUGCGGAUAACGUUUUUUGAGGGCAUUUGUGGGUCAGGCACUGUGCUUGGUCCUCCGGGUGCACGGUGCUGCUUUUCUUACGUGACAGGUGAAGAAGCCUAGGUUGACAAAAGAUAAGAAAUCUUGCCCAGGCCCAGUAGCCGGUCUGCGGCCUGCGAGUGGGAAGACUCUGCUCCUCACUGCCUCCCUACUUGGCUGUUGACCCAGCCCCACGGCCUCGGAGCCGAAGUGGAAUCCUCCCACUUGGACGCUGCUGACGCACCUGCUUUGUGCUAGGUGUGGAGCUAGACACUAGGGAAGUGGCUUGGUCUUUGUCCACUAGUUGCUUACCAUCUGACAAAGGGAAACCAGCAGACGGAUUUCAGUGCGCUGGGGCCGGUGCUGUCCAGGCCCACAGCGGGAUUUAAAGUCGGAGAGCACUGUGAAGAUAAUGCUGGCCGCCGAGUGGAAGGCGGAUUGGAGAUGGGCCGGGAGAUGAGUUCUGCUCGAACAAUUUGGGUGAGCAUGGACGGAGAGCUCAAUCAGUGAAGUGGGAGUUCGCAUAUGAGCAUCCCCGAGGAGGGACAAUCAACAAGGCCUAGAGAUCAGGGCAGGAGGAUUAAAGGUGGUCUUAAUAUUUCUGACGUGCGCGGAAUAGACCGAGUGCUGUCAUUCACCAACAGAGAGAGCGACCCACAGAAGAGUGGGUUUCCGAGGAAGCUGACUCGGAUGGACUUGGAGCUGCCUGCAGCUUAGCAGGGUAUAAAUGAUGCCCCCCUCCCCUCCCCGGGCUGCUGUGAAGGGAGAGAAUGGGGGUGGAGAGGACCAUGGAGCUCUUGCUCUAUGGGCAAGAGAUGCUGGGAGCCCGGGCAGUGGAAGUGGGGCGGGCCCCGCUCAGGGUAUAAAGCUGCCCGCGCGGGAGCCCAAGCCAGCUCUGGGGUUGUCCUGAGACGUGUCCUGUCCUGAGUCCCACGACCAGGCGAAGGCGACCGCGACAUCUCUUUUGACUAAAAGACUCAGCGUCCAGUGCUCCACCCAAAGCAUCUAAGGGGAUCGCCCCUCGCGCCUCCAUCAUGCCCAACUUCUCCGGCAACUGGAAGAUCAUCCGAUCGGAAAACUUCGAGGAUUUGCUCAAAGUGCUGGGGGUGAAUGUGAUGCUGAGGAAGAUUGCCGUUGCUGCAGCGUCCAAGCCGGCCGUGGAGAUCAAACAGGAGGGAGAUACUUUCUACAUCAAAACCUCCACCACGGUGCGCACCACGGAGAUUAACUUCAAGAUCGGAGAAGAGUUUGAGGAGCAGACUGUGGAUGGCAGGCCCUGUAAGAGCCUGGUGAACUGGGAGAGUGAGAACAAAAUGGUCUGCGAGCAGAGGCUUCUGAAGGGAGAGGGCCCCAAGACCUCCUGGACCAGGGAGCUGACCAAUGACGGGGAGCUGGUCCUGACCAUGACGGCGGAUGAUAUCGUGUGCACCAGGGUCUAUGUCCGAGAGUGAGCAGCUGUGGGUCCAAGAGCUGCCAGAGCCCCCUAGCCCACCCUUCCACGCUCCCUGCCUCCCUGCCCCUCCCCCAUUCCUUCUAGGCUAGCUCUUCCCUCACUCCCCUCCUCACCCCUCACUCCUGGGGGUGCUGGGAUGCCUCCAGCCGGGCUCGGGUUGGACGACAAGAGCCCAGAUCACCCUUUCCAGAAUCACUUCCCCUCCCCAGCCAGCAGUCCUGAACCAGCCCAGAGCACAGCCUCUCUUUCUGGGAGGGGACCUGAGGGCCCCAGUGGGAAAGACGGCCCUCUGGCUUCCGCUCUUUGUCCCUGUAGCUGACACAGUGUAGAAUAUUUAUUGGUUAAUUUUAUUAAAAUGUUUAAAAAAAUA